UGCGGCACCGCCUCCGCCCCAGUCCAGUGGUGCAAGUACCGCCACAUCUGCACCCACAACGUGGUCGACUGCUCCUUCCUGGAAGGCCGCGUCAACGUGUCCGAGGACUGCCCGCAGAUCCUGCCCUCCACGCAGAUCUACAUCCCCGUGGGGGUGGUGAAGCCCAUCACGCUGACGGCCAAGAACCUGCCGCAGCCGCAGUCCGGCCAGCGCAACUACGAGUGCAUCUUCCACAUCCCCGGCGGCACCACGCGCGUCACGGCCCUGCGCUUCAACAGCACCAGCAUCCAGUGCCAGAACACGUCGUAUUUCUACGAAGGGAAUGACAUCAGCGACCUGCCAGUCAACUUGUCUGUGGUCUGGAAUGGGAAUUUCGUCAUUGAUAACCCCCAGAACAUCCAGGCCCACCUGUACAAGUGCUCGGCGCUGCGGGAGAGCUGCGGGCUGUGCCUCAAGGCCGACCCGCGCUUCGAGUGCGGCUGGUGCGUCACGGAGAAGCGCUGCUCGCUGCGGCAGCACUGCCUGGCCUACGAGAGCAGCUGGAUGCACGCCAGCGCCGGCAACAGCCGCUGCACCGAGCCCAAGAUCACCAAGCUGUCACCUGAAACGGGCCCUAGGCAAGGAGGGACCCGCCUGACCAUCACCGGAGAGAACCUGGGCCUGAAGUUUGAGGAUGUGCGCUGGGGCGUUCAUGUUGGCAAAGUGAUGUGCAUCCCCAUCGAGAGCGAGUACAUCAGCGCGGAGCAGAUUGUGUGUGAGAUCGGAGAUGCCAGCCCGAGCAAGGUGCGCGACGCCCGGGUGGAAGUGUGCAUCCAGGACUGCUCCCCCAGCUACAGGGCCGUGUCACCCAAGAGCUUCACCUUCGUGACGCCCACUUUCUUUCGAGUGAUCCCUGCCCGGGGCCCUCUCUCUGGUGGCACCUGGAUCGCCAUUGAAGGAAGCCACCUCAACGCUGGCAGCAAUGUCACCGUGAGCAUCGGGGGACGGCCCUGUGCCUUUUCAUGGAGGAGCGCCCGGGAGAUCCGCUGCAGGACGCCCCCCGGGCAGAGCCCCGGGGGGUCCCCCAUCCUCAUCAACAUCAACCGCGCGGAGCUGAGCAACCCGGAGGUGAAGUACAACUACACGGAGGACCCCACCAUCCAGAAGAUCGAUCCCGAGUGGAGCAUCAACAGCGGUGGGACACUGCUGACUGUGACUGGCACCAACCUGGCUACCAUCAAAGAGCCCAAGAUCCGGGCCAAGUACUCAAGCUCCGAAAGGGAAAACAACUGCACUGUCUACAACGACACCACCAUGGUGUGUUACGCACCCUCCAUCGACAACCCCCUGCGGAGCCCUCCAGAGGUUGGCGACCGCCCGGACGAGAUCGGCUUCAUCAUGGAUAACGUCCAGGCCCUGCUCAUUGUCAACACCACCAACUUUGUCUACUACCCGGAUCCUGUCUUCGAGCUGCUCAGCCCCACGGGGAUGCUGGAGCUGAAGCCCAGCUCUCCCCUCAUCCUCAAGGGCAGGAACCUGCUCCCACCAGCUGCUGGUAACUCCCGCUUGAACUACACCGUGCUCAUCGGGGAGACUCCCUGCGCUCUGACAGUGUCCGAGACCCAGCUCCUGUGCGAGUCGCCCAACCUCACCGGGCAGCACAAAGUCACGAUUAAGGCCGGAGGUUUCGAGUUCUCGCCGGGGACGCUGCAGAUCUACUCGGACAGCCUGCUCACGCUGCCCGCCAUCAUCGGCAUCGGCGGCGGCGGCGGGCUGCUCCUCCUCAUCAUCAUCAUAGUCCUCAUCGCCUACAAACGCAAGUCCCGGGACGCCGACCGGACCCUGCGGCGCCUCCAGCUGCAGAUGGACAACCUGGAGUCCCGGGUGGCCCUGGAGUGCAAAGAGGCCUUUGCUGAGCUGCAGACUGACAUUAACGAACUGACCAACGACCUGGAUGGCGCUGGGAUCCCCUUCCUGGAUUAUCGCACCUAUGCCAUGCGGGUUCUCUUCCCGGGAAUAGAAGACCACCCGGUGCUGAAGGAGAUGGAGGUACAGGCAAACGUGGAGAAGUCCUUGACCCUCUUUGGGCAGCUCCUGAACAAGAAACACUUCCUGUGGCUGACCUUCAUCCGCACCCUGGAAGCGCAGCGGAGCUUCUCCAUGCGGGACCGCGGCAACGUGGCCUCCCUCAUCAUGACGGCGCUGCAGGGGGAGAUGGAGUACGCCACGGGGGUGCUGAAGCAGCUCCUGUCCGACCUCAUCGAGAAGAACCUGGAGAGCAAGAACCACCCCAAGCUGCUCCUGCGGAGAACGGAGUCAGUGGCAGAGAAGAUGUUGACGAAUUGGUUUACGUUUCUCCUGUACAAGUUUUUGAAGGAGUGCGCUGGGGAGCCGCUCUUCAUGCUCUACUGCGCCAUCAAGCAGCAGAUGGAGAAGGGACCCAUCGAUGCCAUCACGGGAGAGGCGCGCUACUCCCUCAGUGAAGACAAGCUCAUCCGGCAGCAGAUCGACUACAAAAUGCUGACACUGAACUGCGUGAACCCGGAGAACGAAAAUGCCCCCGAGAUUCCUGUCAAGGUGCUGAACUGUGACACCAUCACGCAGGUGAAGGAGAAGCUGCUGGAUGCUGUGUACAAGGGGGUGCCCUAUUCCCAGCGGCCCAAAGCCGGAGACAUGGACCUGGAGUGGCGGCAGGGCAGGAUGGCCCGGAUCAUACUGCAGGACGAAGACGUCACCACAAAGAUCGACAACGACUGGAAGAGGCUGAACACGCUAGCCCACUACCAGGUGACGGAUGGCUCCUCAGUAGCCCUGGUGCCCAAGCAGAACUCAGCCUACAACAUCUCCAACUCCUCCACCUUCACCAAGUCCCUCAGCAGAUACGAGAGCAUGCUGCGGACGGCCAGCAGCCCCGACAGCCUGCGCUCACGCACCCCCAUGAUCACGCCGGACCUGGAGAGCGGCACCAAGCUCUGGCACCUGGUGAAAAACCACGACCACAUGGACCAGCGGGAGGGCGACCGGGGCAGCAAGAUGGUCUCCGAAAUCUACCUGACCCGCCUGUUAGCCACAAAGGGCACCCUGCAGAAGUUCGUGGACGACCUGUUCGAGACCAUCUUCAGCACAGCGCACCGCGGGAGCGCGCUGCCCCUCGCCAUCAAAUACAUGUUUGACUUCCUGGAUGAACAAGCUGAUAAGCAUCAGAUCAAUGACUACGAUGUCAGGCACACCUGGAAGAGUAACUGUCUACCUCUACGUUUUUGGGUGAAUGUGAUUAAGAAUCCCCAGUUUGUGUUCGACAUUCACAAGAACAGUAUUACUGAUGCCUGCCUAUCCGUGGUGGCUCAGACAUUCAUGGACUCCUGCUCAACUUCUGAGCACAAGCUAGGAAAAGACUCUCCCUCCAACAAACUACUGUAUGCCAAGGACAUCCCCAACUACAAGAGCUGGGUAGAAAGAUAUUAUGCAGAUAUCGCUAAGAUGCCAGCAAUCAGCGACCAGGACAUGAGCGCGUACCUGGCGGAGCAGUCGCGGUUGCACCUCAGCCAGUUCAACAGCAUGAGCGCGCUGCACGAGAUCUACUCCUACAUCACCAAGUACAAGGAUGAGAUCCUAGCUGCUCUGGAGAAGGACGAGCAGGCCAGGAGGCAGCGGCUGCGGAGCAAGCAGCA